AUCUGUCUUGAGGCAGGCUGUAUACAAAGAGGGAAAGACGCACACACCGCCUCUCUACUGGCUACAGCAAUGUUGGCAUACGCAGCCUCUCUAAUGACCACUGUCAUGUUGGCCGGAGCUGUUCUGACCGAAGGGGCUAGAAGUGUCCCUGGCCUGGCUGUUGCACCUGCCCAUGUGGUCAGUAGCUGGACGGUGGCUGCCCGGGACCGGUGUUACAAGCUGUGUCUGUACACACCCAACUGUGUCUCUGUGAACUGGCGCUGGAAGACAACCCCUGCGGUGUGUGAGCUCAACAAGGUGACUGAGACAGACUCCCCUGAAGCCGUGACACCUGAUGACGAGACCGUCUACAUUGAACUGUCUGCAGAGGAACAGUCUGGCCGGGUGCGCAUGUGUCAGCCACCAGAGAUGCAUGUACCUGUUCGUGGUCAUCAAGGAUAUCUGUGCCUAAGGCUGGGGUUGACAGCCGAGGACACGGUUACAGAGGGAAGCUCUGUACCCACCACUACCAGAGGAGAAGAAGGUACAGUUCCUCCCUCUGUGUCGACCACUACCAGAGGAGAAGAAGGAACAGUUCCUCCCUCUGUGUCGACCACUACCAGAGGAGAAGAAGGUACAGUUCCUCCCUCUGUGUCGACCACUACCAGAGGAGAAGAAGGAACAGUUCCUCCCUCUGUGUCGACCACUACCAGAGAAGAAGAAGGGACAGUUCCUCCCUUGGUGUCGACCACUACCAGAGAAGAAGGGACAGUUCCUCCCUUUGUGUCGACCACUACCAGAGGAGAAGAAGGGACAGUUCCUCCCUCUGUGUCGACCACUACCAGAGAAGAAGAAGGGACUGUUCCUCCCUUUGUGUCGACCACUACCAGAGAAGAAGAAGGGACAGUUCGUCCCUUUGUGUCGACCACUACCAGAGGAGAAGAAGGGACAGUUCCUCCCUUUGUGUCGACCACUACCAGAGAAGAAGAAGGGACAGUUCCUCCCUUUGUGUCGACCACUACCAGAGAAGAAGAAGGGACAGUUCCUCCCUUUGUGUCGACCACUACCAGAGGAGAAGAAGGGACAGUUCCUCCCUUUGAACUAGAAGUGGAAGGGAUACCAGGGCAGGCUUGGUCUUCUAUCUUCAAGCGCUAUGACCACUAUUACCUGACAGGUCAUAACAAACAAAUCCUAAUAGGUAUGACGGUGGAACAAUGUUUACAGACAUGUCUCAAUGAAACGACAUAUUUGUGUCGAUCUGUGGACUAUUGGAAGGAAAAAAGAGGAAAUCCUACCUGCCAACUCUCUGAUGUCACCAAGGAUGAAGCGCCGGAUUCCUGGACUAACAAGGACGAAGCCGCAUUUCACUUUGAGCGAAUAUAG